AACAACCAAUCAAAUUUCAGUUUGCUUUAAAGGUCAGGGUCUCCUAGUCCACACAAUUCUAAACAUCGAAAGUUUGGUUUAUACGUACACGUGAUUUAUUGGCAGAAUAUUUAACUGUAUUUUGACUCGACAAAUGGCAACUAAUGGAAAGCAAGAAGCAAUGGAAGAAGACAAAGCGGCGGCGCCCAAAAACUACCAAGAGUACUUAAUGCUUCAAAGAUUACUGAAAUGCCAGGUUUUACAAAGCGCCGAGGCAGGGAAGGCCGUCCAUGACGAGCAUCUCUUCAUCAUCACACAUCAAGCAUACGAACUCUGGUUCAAGCAGAUGCUUUUUGAGAUAGACUCCGUACGAGACACAUUUGCAUCACCGUCCAUGAAUGAGAGUCGAAUGCUUAAUGUUAUUAACAGACUACAGCGGGUCAGCCUUAUUCUAAAGCUUCUUGUGGACCAGUUUGUAAUCCUAGAGACUAUGACACCUCUUGAUUUCCUUGAAUUCAGACAACACUUAUCUACAGCAUCUGGCUUCCAAAGUCUUCAGUUUCGUCUCUUAGAGAAUAAGCUUGGAGUCAAACAGGAAAAUCGAGUGAAGUACAAUCAGCAGCAUUAUAUGAAGGUGUUCAGCGAUGAGGAAUCCGUGAAGAUGUUGAUGGAAUCCGUUGAGCAGCCAUCGCUUCUUCUGUUGUUGGAGAAAUGGUUGGAAAGAACCCCAGGACUGCAGCGUCACGACUUCCGGUUUUGGCAGGCGUUUGAAAUAGCUGUCGGCCGUUGGCUGGAUGAGACUAUAUAUCAGCCAUACAUAGAAGAAACUGACCCAAAGAUAAAAGAAACAUUAAUGGCAGAGUAUCAGAAACAGAAGGAUUCCUUUGAUACCAUCCUUGACCCAAUAAAAUACAACACUUUUAUAGAAAGAGGUGAACGUCGGCUGAGUCACAAAGCAUUUCAAGGCGCACUUCUUAUCUCCCUCUACAGAGACGAGCCUCGUUUUCAUCAACCGUUUCAGGUUCUGACCCUCCUGAUGGACAUUGAUUCCCUGAUGACGAAGUGGAGAUAUAAUCACGUGAUGAUGGUUCAGCGCAUGAUAGGAAGUAAGGUUGGAACUGGCGGGUCAUCCGGAUAUCAUUAUCUGAGGUCAACCAUUAGUGAUCGAUACAAGGUUUUCCUUGACCUUUUCAACCUGUCGACCUACGUCAUUCCACGAGAGUAUAUCCCGCCUUUGACGAUGUCAAUGAAGAGGACACUAAGCACGCUGUUCACUGAAGCGGAAUCAGAGAGUGGAAUAGAAGACCAGAGCAGCAGUCUAGAGAGCAGUGACCAGUCAACCGAGGAAGCAUCGAACGCCAUGUUUACCACGUAGACUUCCGUUAAACUUUAUGAUGUAAUCUCAGGCGUUACGUCACGUGAAUAAAAAAAAUUAAAUUAUUCAAGUAGACGAUGAAGUAUCAACAUCUAUUAUACCUAUGAAAAGAUACUCCUGUAGUUAGAGUUUUUCCUGUUGUCUGCACUAUUAGUGAUUCAAAGUCAUCAAAUCACGCGACUUGGCACCAAGCUUUAAUUAUGUAAUUGUUAAAUAUCUCAAUUAAACCCAGUUCCUAUGGAAUAAUCUUUCUGAUGUAUAUCUGUGAUAUCACAUUAUGAAUGUAACAUGUAGUGUAUGGAAGUCUAGAAGUAGGUGUUCAUGUACAUGUAAAUAUUGAUGUAAAUAUAAAUUGUACUCCGAACCCAGACAAAGUUUGUUAUGUCCAAAAGUAUUAUUGAUUUAUUUACAUAUACAUGCAUGUAUCUUAUUUGGUAUAUAUGUACUUUUGCA